AUGGUAAAGUCAAUUUCAUAGUUAAGCUUAGUUUCAUUCCAAACUUAAGCUGAUUAUUAACCUCUUGAUGCUGUUCGAAACACUAAAAUGAUAUCUCUUCAAAGCUGCUAGCAUCAAUGCACUACUUUCCGCUAAUAAGAUUUGAAUAAGAGACGGAAUAACUUUUCUAUUGAUUAAGUCUCUAAAGAUAAUCAAGUACAUCAAGAGAAUUAGCAUGGGACUUAACAUCAUAGAAUAUCUUCAUCAAGAACCAAAGCUGAUUUUAGAGAAAAUCAAAUUAACAACUAAAUCAUAGAAAAAAAAUAUAACUAAGAGGAUUCAUAGAUCAUUAAUAAAAGUGACGUCAAAGUUGACCUAUCUCAGAUAUUCGUAGAUUUUUCAAAGUAAUUUAAAGGCAACCAAUUCAAAAAGUGUAGGAAAUCAUAAAUACCUAUGAACUACAAAAAUAAUCCGUUAACUGUUAUUACUAAUUAAUAGAGGAAUUUAGCUGAAACAAACAAUAAAAACUCCUAUAUUCUUGACGAUCAGAGUGAAAUUAGCCCAGUAGUUAUUUCUAAGCGCGAUAGUCUUAACAGUGAUUUCUACAAAAGGCAUAAUAAUCACUGUAACACUAAAUAAAAACUUUCAAUUCUACAGCAAAAUACCGUUGAUCAUACCAGAGAUGACACUUCAGCAAACGAGUCUUAUUACAACAAAGAUGCCUCCUCAAAUUAUUUAUAGUCAUAAAAUUGCCAAACUAGCGUUUAUGCAACAGUUAUUAGUAAUAGCAGUAGAUCAAAGUAUAGAAUGAGCUGUUCAAGUAAUGAUAAAGAGAAUAAUGAGCAAUAGACUAUAUACUCUGAUUAGAAAAGAAGAAAUGGCAAUGAAAACAAGCCACCCUCUCACAGAUUCCAAAAUCAGAUAUCUGAGAAGCAAUAUAGUACCAAGAAGUCUAAAGUCUAACCUCCUUCUUCUUAGAUGUUUAAACCAAUGAAAAUUCCUUCAAGUCAUGAGAAGCCAUUUAUUGUUAAAAAGAGUGGUAAAUAACUGACGACCUUUAUUCCAUUUAAGAGAUCUAUAUAUUGA